GACGAGCAACAGGAAGAUGGAAGGGGGGAAAGAGAGGCUCAGGGGUAAGUGAAAUUUAACUCAACAGCCACAUCAAGGGCAGCUGCCUGCAAGAGGAGAGCGCCUCGGCCUGCGGAGAUUCCAGCACACAAAGGGUUAACUAACCCCGGUUUCCUGCAUUGCUGCUUCUGUAGGAGUUGGUGAAACUUUCUUGGAAUGUAGGGCGAGUUUCUUCUUCCCCACCUGAGCAGGAGCGACCAUGAUGGACAACGGCAUGGACUUCCAAACCGACGCACGCCCAGAACCUGGCUUUGGCAGCCACAGCCUUCCCGGGGAGCUCCUGGAGCCUCCAGCCAUGGACCUGGAGGAAGGGGCCUUGCCAAGACUGGCCAUGCCAACAGCCUGUGAACAAAGCCUGCACGGCCUGCGGCAGCCUGGAUCCCCCUUCAGUGCCCUGCGUGCCGACCUUAACCCCUCUGCCGCUGAGGCUGAACUGUGUCUCGGUGCAGCCAUUGCAGAGCCGACUGUCCCCGAAAGUGCCCUGGGGGGCCUGCAGACCCCCAGCUCUCCAGCUGCUCUGGACUCAGCCCUCCGGGCAGCUGGGGAAACGUGUGAUGACGCUUGCAAGGACCUGGGAGCGGGGAUGGAAGGCUGUGAGGAUGCUGCAGUACCUGGGAGUGAUGCUGACUGGAAAGGGAACCCAGAGGGAGCCCACCGCGGGGUGGGUUGUCCCAGAGUCCUGGCUAGCCCGGAGCAGAGUGACCUGGUUUGCAUGGACCUGGAUGAGGAGCCCGAGGCCCACCUGAGAGGGGAGGAGUGGGCCGAGAGCUUGGAGGAGGACGACCAGUUGGAGAUCCAGGGCCUCCUCGCCCAGCUCCAGACCCUUAGCCCCAGCUUCCGCGACGACUCGCCUGCCUCGGAGGACGACCCGCUGCUGGCGUCGGACUGUGGCGCUGGCCCUUUUGGGGGAGACGCGGCGCUUCCCCACCAACCGGCCUUUGGCUGCUGCCGGGGCCUGCCGGGCGAGUGCCCUCCCUGCCUGCUGCAUGUCGCCAUGGGGAGAGGCCUGGCAAUGCCGUCCUGCCACGCUCAGCCCUCCGCCUGCUCCCAGAGGAGCCGGGAGAGCCACGGCCUGCUCUUUGCAGAGGCUGACCGGGAGGACUUGCUAAGCCUUCUGCACCACGAGGGGGGGCUCCCUGCAGAGGCCAGUGAGGAGACCCCCCUCGCCAGGUCAGACGUCCUGGCCGGGAGUGACGGGGAGGUCCUGCAGAGCCAGGAGAGCCCGGCGGCCCAGCAGGCAGAGGAGGCCGCUUCGCAGCCAGGCAGCUCGCAGGCAGAAGGCUCUGGCCGGUGGUAUCGGAAAGGGGGAGCCCAUGAGGGAGACUCUGCCUGCGUGUCCCCGGGCAGUCGGGACAGCUCCCCAGAGCCUGUGUGGGUGGCCAUGUCCCCUCCUCCCAGCCAGGGCCUGGAGCAGCCCACCCCCAGGAGCACGGCUGUUAAAGAAUCCCGGGCGGCCUAUCCGGCCUUCAAAGAGGUGGCAGGCCCCUGUGAGCCGGAGGAUCUCCUGGACGGAGUGAUCUUCGGAGCAAAGUAUCUGGGCUCCACACAGCUGGUCUCGGAGAGGAACCCCCCCACCAGCGUCCGCAUGGCGCAGGCCCAGGAGGCCGUGGACAGGAUAAAGGCGCCGGACGGGGAGUCCCAGCCCAUGACCGAGGUGGAUCUGUUUGUCUCCACCCAGAGGAUCAAGGUCCUGACGGCCGACUCGCAGGAGGCCAUGAUGGACCAUCCGCUCCAGACCAUCUCCUACAUCGCGGACGUCGGCAGCGUCGUCGUGCUGAUGGCGCGCAGGAAGCUGCCGCGGCGGGCGGACACCUCGGGGGAGAAGCGGCUCUACAAGAUGAUCUGCCACGUCUUCCAUUCGGCUGACGCUCAGGUGAUUGCCCAGGCCAUUGGGCAGGCCUUCAGCGUGGCUUACCAGCAGUUGCUGCAGGCCAGCGGCAUCGACCCGAGCCAGCUCUCCCCCAGUCAGGACAGCCGCGCCCUGGAGAGCCAGGAGCUGCACAACGGCGACCUGGCCCACUUCUCCAAGCAGGAGAACUGCAAGGAAGUCUGCAUCCGCAAGCAGAAGGGGGAGAUCCUGGGCGUCGCUGUGGUGGAGUCGGGCUGGGGCUCCAUCCUGCCCACCGUGGUCGUCGCCAACCUCAUGCAUGGGGGCCCCGCGGAGAAGUGCGGGGAGCUGAGCAUCGGGGACCGGCUCAUGUCCGUCAACGGGACGAGCCUGGUGGGGCUGCCCCUCAGCACCUGCCAGAGCAUCAUCCGGGACCUGAAAUCGCAGACCGAGGUGACGCUGAGCAUCGUCCACUGCCCGCCCGUCACCACGGCGAUCGUCCGCCGGCCCGACUCCAAGUACCCGCUGGGCUUCUGCGUGGAGGAUGGCAUUAUCUGCAGCCUGAUGCGAGGGGGGAUAGCGGAGAGAGGCGGCAUCCGCGUGGGCCAUCGCAUCAUCGAGAUCAACGGGCAGAGCGUGGUGGCCACGCCACACGAGAAGAUCAUCCAGAUCCUCACGCAGGCCGUCAGCGAGGUGCAUAUCAAGACCAUGCCGGCCUCCACCUACCGGUUACUGACAGGCCAGGAGCAGCCCAUCUUCCUCUGAAGGGCGGAGUUCACAUUUACCCAUCUGUGGCUCUGCACAUGCUCCAGCUGCCUGGCUUUGGGGCCCUGGCCUGGGGCAGCAGCUGCGUCUCCAGGUCCCUCGGGGCCUGCUGGGGGCCAGAUCCCGCCGCUUUUCUUGUUUCAUGCAGGGACCCCUUUGGCCUUUUCUGGAUGUACUGUGCCUGGCCUCACCACACGAGGGGGCUUAGAGACAGGGACCUAAGCUCCUUGGCUCCUCUCCUGGGCCUCGGCUCACUCACCUGUUCCGCUGCCGGAGUCGCCGGGUUGCCCCGCGCAGUGCGGAUCAGGGGCCUUGAUGGGGUGGGCCCUGGAGAACACAAGUGCAUCAAAGGGAGCCCUGUGCCCCUCCUCGCUGCCUGCAGGUGGAAGAUCCCGCCUUGUGUCUGCUGAAUCCCAGCUGAGUCUGCCACACAGAGCAAGGGCGACUGGCCUAGCCAUGGCUGCUCCCUCCCUCUUGUCCUGGCAGCGGCCUGAGAGGGCCCAGCAAACCCCCCAUGAUUCCAAGUGUAACACCAGCUCCGGCUGAGGGGAGGGUGCUGCCCAGAUGGACAAAGCCCCUCUUAGACCUGCCUUGUUAAUGCUGUUUGUAACCCCCCUCCCGCAGUGCCUGGGAUCAGGGCUGGGCAUGAGAGCCAGAUCCAUGCUUGCGAACUGGCCUCUGGCCAGUGUCUGCCAGCUGGCCCCGGGGUGGGGAGGGGUCAGCUGCACCCUCGUUCUGCAGAAAGUCAAGAGAAGCUGCAGGAGCAGCAUGACCUGGCUCAGGCCUAGCGCUGGGCGUGGGGGAAUGUCGGGCUGGAGCAGGCAGCAGAGGCCUGGCCACCCAGUGCGUUGGGUGGGGGAACACGGGAGAAAGGGGCUCUCUGCGACCCCGCCCGGCUGCUGGAGCCUCUGCCCUGGGCCUUUCCCAUGGGCAGGGCUGGCGUGUCAGGCUAGCCCUGCGGAAGGCUGUGUGUAUGAAGUUAAUCGCAGUGGUGGUACCAGCAUGAGAGACAAAGUGGGGGAGGUUGGACCAAUGUCUGUAGAGAAGUUGGUCCAGUAACAAGUCGUCUCGCCCCCCUUGUCUCUCCUGGAUUAAGUCAGAGCCCCGGUGCUCCGUGGGCUGUAGGAAACCCUGGGGCUGUGAUUUUUAACCUGUACUGCUGGCUGAUGUAAGAAUAAAGGCUGUUUGUGGCGUGUCUA